GACAAGAUGGCGGAGGUGAGGCUGAACGGGCUGAGGGAACGGAAUCAUUUCGGACAAAACCACAAAAGACACGUCUUUGACGAAGGUAAGGUUUUAUAUAAGAAUAAAAUAUGGAUAUGUGCUUGAGACUGACAGUGACAAACUGCAAUUUACCUCGUUUGGCGUUGUUUCUCCUGAGUGUCCUAACCUCCAGUAGCCAAGCUAUGUUUUUACUUUUACAGGGACCCAGCCAGUGAAAGGUGUAUUGUAUUGUGUAGCUUAGCUGGCUAGCUAUACUAGCUAAUUCGUCCCGGCUUGUGCAGACCAGCGGUCACUCACCUGGCCUGGUCGGUCAUUUCAGACCGCGCGUGUUGCCCGUUGUUCCGGGGUUCAGCCCCAGACAGUGGGAUACUUUUUUGCAUUUCAUACGAGAGUUGUAAUUGAUAUUUAUCUACGUUUGUAGGGACAUGUGUUGGCUAAAUAAUGUAAUGUUAUCGAACCAGCUGUCACUAACAGUUCCCUUGCAGCAAGCCUUCUAGUCUAGUUCUCGAAAACCCUUCUCUCCAUAGGGUUUUCAGCGAUUAGUUUCGCUCACUGCUGGCUUCGUGUGAACUACAACACUAGGUUUCUGACGCUGGGUUUCAACGUUUAUUAACGUCAAUCAUCACUUGCAAAGCGGUUUUCAAAAUAUACUGCCAUUAUCUUUCAAAUCAGCAAGAAGGAUAAAAAUAUACAAUUAUUGUAGCAGAUUUGCACAGAUCCAUACCCUGUGUGCCUCCCAGUUGAUGAACUACACUUCUUCCCCAGUUAUGCUUACACAAGCCCUGACAUUCCGACCUGAACAACACUGACUACGUGAUUAUUAUUUUUUACCUCGUUUUUUUUCUUGAAAGCACAAUGACCAUCCAAGUCCAGUAAAAUAAAAAAGCAAAUUAUUUCAAUUUAUACUCAUCAACUGAUCUAUUUUGUUAUCAAAGCUCGAGUUUUGAUAUAUAAUAUGAUCUGAGAAUAACAAUAUUGUCAGGCCAGGCAGAUAGCCAAUAUGCUGUGAUAAUGUAUUAGGCCUGCCUACUGCACAGAACUGAACAAUUUUUAUAAGGUUAAUGUUGACAUGUUUAAAAAUAUAUAUAAUUUGAACGGUAGAUCUUGGCUUGCUUUUUGACUGCGAAAGUCAUCUUUACUCAAAAAAGGUUGGUGACCACUUGUUCAAAGGCUUGAUUUUGUCAUACUCGAGGCACUGUUUGUUCAGAUAGGAGAGAAAGGCCAGUGCCUCCUGCGCGCCGCAACAUUGCCCACCUUGCAAACUGAGGUAACAUUUUGAAACUAUUUAACCAUAAACAUAAUUGUUUAAAACCUGGGUGUUUUUAUUUUGAGGCAUGUCUUACCGUGUUCAGAACUUAGGCAUGUUAAGGGUAUUCUUUUAACACUUACUCAUAUACUAUUGACACCAGUAUUUCUCAUGUUUUCAACCUUCUUUCGUUGUCCAGCAGCCAAAGACACAAUCCUAGUCAUAUGAACAACCCAUGCUAGUUGUUGCAUCUUUAGAUCUUCCCUCUUUCAAAAUUUCGAAAGGUUUUAUUAAAUUUAUGUUCAUCUCAUGAAACUGCUCGCAUUUGCAGUGCACAUUGGAGGACAGUGUUUUCCCACUAAUUGCAUUUUGGAACAUUCACGCUUAUAGCCAGCUGCCUGCCGUGUGCGCAUAGCUGCGCUUGGAAUAUAAAGAAGUAGCCUAAUAGUUUAUCAACAUUUUAAGAUAAAUGUUCUGAUCUGUUGCAUCAGCCUCAUUGCUUUUAAAAGUUUUUUUGAUAUACAGUGGUUGUAUUAAUUUCGGCUCUAUCGUCCCGCAAUUGUCCCAGAGUCUGUUUGGAAUAUUUAUUUCUCGCAUGGAACGACAAGCUGACUAAUUGAAUAGGUCAACUUUUGUACUAUAGGGAUAGUAGAUUGACAAAGGCUAGUGCUUUUGCUGUUCAUUACUCAUCUUGUUGGCUGACAAAGUAAAUGUGGACAGUUCUUCUAACGUCUUCAAUAUGCACCUCAGAAUUUGAUAAGGAUGCACACCGUUGCAUCCAUUUUACAUUUACAUUUUUAGUCAUUUAGCAGACACUCUUAUCCAGAGCGACUUACAGGAGCAAUUAGGGUUAAGUGCCUUGCUUAAGGGCACAUCGACAGAUUUUUCACCUAGUUGGCUCGGGGAUUAGAACCAGCGACCUUUCAGUUACUGGCACAACGCUCUUACCCACUAAGCUACCUGCCGCCCCGACGUGUCGGUCUUUACUAGUAGCCUACUUCGGAGUUGUGAUGCCUGUGUGAAGGACCCGAUCACGUGACGGGCAUUGGCUAAUAAGAAUUGAGAUCUGAGAGCGCAAGAUGCUGCAUUUAGACAAGGGACGCAAAAACGUCAUACCAGUCGCCAUAACGGGACAAGAAAGCAAGAAAGACGGUGACGGCAAAAGCAAGCCAGCACGACAAUUUGCGCUGCUAUGGUGAUUUCAGUAAACAGAGUAAGCUUAAUAUAUGGAAAAGGUAAGUCUUUGCUCCUCUGGUUUUGCAUGCCCAUUCUGUAUCCUUGUCAGAUUCCUUGAUUUGAAGCAAGGAGCAAACACCAGAUGUAUUUUCUCUCCCUCUCAGGUGCAACAGCUGUCAUCAACUCUAUUGUAACAUGAUAGAUACAGUGCCCUCCACUAUUAUUGGCACCCCUGUUUAAGAUGUGGUCGAGGACUUCCAAAAAUUCUCCUUUUUUUUUUUUAACAACAUAGAACCCAAAUGCAAAAAAAGAGGAAAAUCCAACCUUUAAUUUAAGUACAUUACUUUGGUGGUUAAAAAAAAAUCACACAUUUAGAAAAAAAAUAACUUGAAAUCAUGUGUCCCACAAUUAUUGGCACCCCUAACAAUUCCGCUGAAAAUUUUAAUUGAUUUUUUUUAAAUAUAUUUUUCUGUAGUUGCUAAAGUUGCUCAAGGUAUCUAGGAACUUUUAAUUAGUAAUUCAUGACUUCCUGUUUCCCUGGGGUAUAAAUAUGACGUGACACAGAGGCCUAAUUCUCUUACCCAUUUGUCAACAUGGCAAAGACAAGAGAACACACCAUUCAAGUAAGGCAGAUUUGUGUCGACCUUCAUAAGUCAGGCAAUGGCUACAAGAAAAUAGCCACUCGCCUUAACUUGCCCGUAUCUACAGUCAGAGGAAUCAUUAAGAAGUUUAAAACAACUGGAACAGUGACAAACAAGGCUGGAAGAGGUCCCAAGUUUAUCUUGCCACAACGCACAGUGAGGAGGAUGGUAAGAGAAGUAAAAAAAAGUCCUAAGCUCACUGUCACAGAAUUGCAUCAAAGAGUGGCAUCUUGGGGUCACAAAGUCUCCAAAACAACCAUCAGACGCUCUCUACAUGCCAACAAGCUGUUUGGGAGGCAUGCAAGGAAAAAGCCUUUUCUCACUAACACUCACAAACGUAAACGUCUGGAGUUUGCUAAGCGGCACUGGGACUUCAACUGGGAUCGUGUGCUUUGGUCAGAUGAGACUAAGAUUGAGCUUUUUGGCAACAAACACUCUAAGUGGGUCUGGCGUAAAACAAAAGAUGAGUAUGCCGAAAAGCACCUCAUGCCCACCGUGAAGUAUGGUGGAGGAUCUGUGAUGCUGUGGGCCUGUUUCUCUUCCAAAGGCCCUGGGAACCUUGUUAGGGUGCAUGGCAUUAUGAACGCUUUGAACUACCAGGACAUUUUAAAUAAAAACCUGAUGGCCUCUGCCAGAAAGCUGAAGAUGGGUCGUCAUUGGGUCUUUCAGCAGGAUAAUGAUCCAAAACAUGUGGCAAAAUCUACACAAAAAUGGUUCAGCAGUCACAAACUCAAGGUCCUCCCAUGGCCAUCUCAGUCCCCAGACCUCAACCCAAUCGAAAACCUGUGGGGCGAGCUAAAGAGGAGAGUGCAUAAGAGAGGACCCAGGACACUGGAUGAUCUAGAAAGAUUGUGCAAAGAAGAAUGGUCAAAGAUCCCUCUCUCUGUGUUCUCCAAUCUUGUGAAAUGUUAUAGGAGGAGAUUAAGUGCUGUCUUGUUGGCAAAAGGGGGUUGUACAAAGUAUUAACAUCAGGGGUGCCAAUAAUUGUGGGACACAUGAUUUCAAGUUAUUUUUUCUUCUAAAUGUGUGAUUUUUUGCAUUUGGGUUCUAUGUUGUUUUAAAAAAAAGGUGAAUUUUUGGAAGUCCUCGACCACAUCUUAAACAGGGGUGCCAAUAUUUGUGGAGGGCACUGUAUGUGUAGCCUUAGCUACAUUUUCUCAGCUGUUCUAGUCUAUUGGUUAGCUAACAUCUUUCUCACUGAACAACAGUCACAAUCUGGCACAAUUAUUUGUGUACCAAUGUUUUUGGAAUGUUGAUGUGUACAAAAAUCAGUCAGCAGGAAAAUUGAAGAUUCUGAAGAUAACCCAGGUGUUGUUUUGGACGUUUCAGUAAUGGGUGUCUUUUAAAUCUGUUAGCCUUGUGACUUGAUGCUUGUAUGAGUGCAAAAUACAGCUGGUUUUGUUUGUGUGGCAAUAGUUAACACUCACUGGGUCUGCACUUGGUGUGCAGGGGCCUCAUUUAUAAACUGUGAGUACGUACAAAAUAUACCCCAAAAUGUGCGUGCGCCAGUUUUCACGCAAAAGUUGGCAUUUAUAACAAUUGAACUUGACGUGAGAAUGUGCUCACCUCCCCGCAAACUUUAGAUCAUGCGUAUGCACAUCUGCUAGUGGUUGAAAUAUUGUAUUGCAAGCUGGCAAGUAAGUAUUUUGUGCAAAUGGAGGAAAUGAAAAAGAUUAUUCAUAAAAAAACUGAAAACAGAUUAACAAGAAUGCAGUUGAACAUUUGCCCUGCUUGACUCCAGUCCAGAAAAAGUGUAGUCUUGGAGUUGGCACCAGUCCGCAUGUGUCGCGAAAAAGGAGAGUGUGACUGGGGUUUUGCUUUGAAUGAAAUGUCCCUUUCCUCUGAAGAAAAUUCCCAUGUAUAGACACGGCUAAGUGUAUUGUUGUGGCUUCUCAAUGCUUCAGAUGUAGUAAAUGAGUCAGGGGAUAGGGAGAGCAUAAAUGGAGAGCUGUUUCAGAUACUGAGCUGAGAUGUAGACCUCCACUGCCUCCAUACAUGGCCUGCCAAUAGACCCUGAUCAGGGCUGAUACAAUGCAAUAGGAGAGAACUGUGGGAAGAUAAAGGUAAUGAUAAGCCUGCCAAUUUUUUGAUCUGUCGCUGUUUGCUCAAAGGUAGAGGGAUUGGACUGUGUAUUAGCCUAACCUCUAGCUUCCCUCAGCAGCACUCGCAUUAAAUGGUUUCUUCCCAUCAGCGCUAUAGGUAUGUGGAACCCCCCCACUAGUCCCUUGUAGCAGAACUGUAGCUCAGCAGCCCAGUCCCUGCAGACUAGUGUCUUUUGUCUCUCUCCUAUGGCUCCUAUAACAGCACUGGCACUUCAUUUUGCUGACUACUGCUACUUAUUCCACUGCCUUGAUAGACACUUGUGUAGAGGGGCCUAGCCCUUGAUCAUGACUCAGUUCCAUUACAUUACACAAGUCAUUGGAUGAAGGCUUCUUCUGUAGGGUGGAGUUUUGUUAAGAGCUGCGACACUCGGUCUGAACAUUAACACGCAUCGCUUGGUGUACGGUUUUGGAAGCAUAAUGACCUUAUCUUUCAUAUCGGCGAGAAAUAAUAAAAAAGGUUAAAUUGAUACACACCUUUAUAGGGUUAGAGUUCCCACACUGCCAUAUUUCCAUGUUACAGCGCUUGUUUAGGGAAAACGGAAGGAAAUCAGUGGACUACCUGUGCUAAUUAGCGAUCUGCUUUUCCGAACACCAGUGUGUAAACGGAAGACAGACACCACAAAUGUGUGGACACUGAAAUACUGUCGGCUGCAACUGUGCUAAAACUAUGUACAGUGUGUAUUUUGCAUUUUUGAAAUUAUUGAUGUGAUAUGUAAGUAGAGGGAUUUAUGUUUCUAGAACCUUACUGCAAUUGAGAAUCCAUUCAGGUUUUAGCUGGUGUAUUUGGCUGUUUUGUCUUCAAUAGCCAAUUUGCCCUUUAAACAGAAUGUGUAAGGUCCUUGGACUAAGGAGUAACGUUAGGCUCAUUUAGUCCAAUAUUGGGCUAAGAGGGGCGUAUGUUUGGGUUAUCCAUUUAUGCUGGACUGACACGGGAUGUUAAGUACCGUUGUUUAUAUGUGAAUAAAGUUGGGAGCAGUCUGGCCACAAGUUAGAUGGCCGCCUUACCUGAUUCUCCCAGCGAGUCUUCUAUUUCUCGUCCUGACCUGCUACUCUGCACGUGUUGCAGGUGAUUAUUAAUCAGACUGGUGUAGAUUGCAUGUCUGCCCAUGUGGGGAAAUUCUGAGGUGUCAGGAGCUGGGGCUUUCGUCCCAACUCGUUUGUAUAUAAAUUCAGCUUUCGUUUUUAGCCUCAGUGACACUAACUCUGACAUGGAUGUCUGUCUAGCUGUAGAAUACAUUUGUAAAACCACUGUUAGUCUAUCUGGCUUAUUGUUUGUUGUGAUUUUAGUGUUUACUUUGACUUGUCUUCUUUUUUUUGUACAGUGUUGUUUAUCUAGCGGUCUCAAACCCACAGUGAAUGCAGUCUGUUGGUAGACCAGACAGUCACUAGACCAGAAUCAGCAGGAUGCCUCUUCAGUGUAAGCUCUGCUCCAGAGAAUGCUCCGCAGAAUACUGUCCUGUUCUCUCAUACCUUCUGUUCGACAACCCCUCUCCUGGCAUCAGCCAUAGAGCCCAGUCAGCCCACUGCUGUUUGUCAUCGGCAGAGAACAGACCAGCACCAAGCUCUCAAACCUGCCUUACAACAAAUCCUCACUCUGAGCUUUGGCUGGGGUUGUUAUUAGGUAUGAUGUUUGUUGUUCGAUGUGUUCAAAUCACACACGUCUUGUAAGACUGUCAGCUCUGAGGAAAAUGUCAAUGGGCAGAUUGACGUUUUCCUUGGAGUCUCGCUUGGUGUUGCUGGUAUGUUGUGAACCAUACUUUCCAAGGGUCUCCUUGAAACAACACAACCUGUUUUUUGUUGUUGUUUUUUUGUCUAAUUGCGAUGGCAGUUGUAAGAUGAUUGUUUGCAUGAGCACUAGCAUUCCCAAAUACUUGUCAUACCAGUUUCCAGGGUGUUGGAUAAGUCGUUUGUCUACUAUGAUAGGAGUGACAUCUCUGUAGAGAAAUUCCCACACAUUUCUAGAAAGGGAACACCUUCCAUUAGACACCCUUUCAGGGAAAUAUUAAAAGGCAAAUCUGAAAGCUUUUUGAAAUGCUUUCCUUUUGUGACGUUGAGCUCCCUAAGGUAAUAGCCUGGAUACAUAUAAAAUAUACUGUAUAGUGUAGAUGCUAAAGACAUUGGCCCAAAUAUGACCCAUAUGAAGACCUAGUACAUUAAUCUCACAAUACCCCUGGCUUUUGUCCCCCUUUCGCCAAUACGUUUCCUAAUACCCAAGUGUGUGUAAUGCAGGCCUGUGGCAAUGUACUGGCAGCAUGCAACAAAUACCAUGGCCAGGAAUUGUCAUGGAAUGUUCAAUAAUAUGGACAAUGUCUGAGGGUGAUUGAAGUUUAGAUGCUUGAAUCCUCUAAGAUGAUGAGACUAAUGACAAACCUUUUUGAAGAGGACACCGACUACACUUGUCUCUGAAACCUUUCCUUGUGAUGUGUAAAGUUUAAACUGCUCUCCCUGCUCUUAACAGCAUGAAACCUGUUUGUUCUGUCAGGUGUGGGUGGUGUGGAGGAUGUUCCUCUGUCCCUGCCAGAUUGGAGGCCUCCUCCCAGGAUAGGGCCUCGGGCAGAGGCAGAUAGCGAGACAGACGAGUGGGAACAGGCCCCAGAGCAGAGUCACGAUAAGGAGCAGCCAAUAGAGGAGCCUGUGGUGGGGUUAGAGGAGAAGGCUCGGCCCAUCCAGAUUGUCCUGGCCCACGAGGACGACCACAAAUUUGAGCUGGACACGGAGGCCCUGGAGAAGCUCCUACUGCAUGAGGAUGUCAGAGAUCUCAAUGUGGUGGUGGUGUCUGUCGCUGGGGCCUUCCGGAAGGGCAAGUCCUUUCUGCUGGACUUCAUGCUCCGAUACAUGCUCAACCAGGUGAGACCAGGUUCACACUUAUACCUGCAGUACAUACAAUUCACUGUAUUAUAUAGAAUACUGAUAUUUACAUUUUAGUCAUUUAGCAGACGCUCUUAUCCAGAGCGACUUAUCAAUCAAUCAAUCAAUCAAUCAAUUUUAUUUUAUAUAGCCCUUCGUACAUCAGCUGAUAUCUCGAAGUGCUGUACAGAAACCCAGCCUAAAACCCCAAACAGCUAGUAAUGCAGGUGUAGAAGCACGGUGGCUAGGAAAAACUCCCUAGAAAGGCCAAAACCUAGGAAGAAACCUAGAGAGGAACCAGGCUAUGAGGGGUGGCCAGUCCUCUUCUGGCUGUGCCGGGUGGAGAUUAUAACAGAACCAUGCCAAGAUGUUCAAAAAUGUUCAUAAGUGACAAGCAUGGUCAAAUAAUAAUCAGGAAUAAAUCUCAGUUGGCUUUUCAUAGCCGAUCAUUAAGAGUUGAAAACAGCAGGUCUGGGACAGGUAAGGGUUCCAUAACCGCAGGCAGAACAGUUGAAACUGGAAUAGCAGCAAGGCCAGGCGGACUGGGGACAGCAAGGAGUCACCACGGCCGGUAGUCCCGACGUAUGGUCCUAGGGCUCAGGUCUCUCAGUUGGCUUUUCAUAGCCGAUCAUUAAGAGUUGAAAACAGCAGGUCUGGGACAGGUAGGGGUUUCGUAACCGCAGGCAGAACAGUUGAAACUGGAAUAGCAGCAAGGCCAGGCGGACUGGGGACAGCAAGGUGUCAGCAUGCCCGGUAGUCCUGACGUAUGGUCCUAGGGCUCAGGUUCUCAGAGAGAACGAGAGAAUUAGAGAGAGCAUACUUAAAUUCACACAGGACACUGGAUAAGACAGGAGAAGUACUCCAGGUAUAACCAACUAACCCCAGCCCCCCGACACAUAAACUACUGCAGCAUAAAUACUGGAGGCUGAGACAGGAGCGGUCCGGAGACACUGUGGCCCCAUCCGAAGAAACCCCCGGACAGGGCCAAACAGGAAGGAUAUAACCCCACCCACUCUGCCAAAGCACAGCCCCCGCACCACUAGAGGGAUAUCCUCAACCACCAACUUACAAUCCUGAGACAAGGCCGAGUAUAGCCCACAGAGGUCUCCACCACAGCACAAACCAAGGGGGGGCGCCAACCCAGACAGGAAGAUCACGUCAGUAACUCAACCCACUCAAGUGACGCACCCCUCCUAGGGACGGCAUGAAAGAGCACCAGUAAGCCAGUGACUCAGCCCCUGUAACAGGGUUAGAGGCAGAGAACCCCAGUGGAGAGAGGGGAACCGGCCUGGCAGAGACAGCAAGGGCUGUUCGUUGCUCCAGAGCCUUUCCGUUCACCUUCACACUCCUGGGCCAGACUACACUCAAUCAUAUGACCUACUGAAGAGAUAAGUCUUCAGUAAAGACUUAAAGGUUGAGACCGAGUCUGCGUCUCUCACAUGGGUAGGCAGACUGUUCCAUAAAAAUGGAGAUCUAUAGGAGAAAGCCCUGCCUCCCGCUGUUUGCUUAGAAAUUCUAGGGACAAUUAGGAGGCCUGCGUCUUGUGACCGUAGCGUACGUAUUGGUAUGUACGGCAGGACCAACUCGGAAAGAUAGGUAGGAGCAAGCCCAUGUAACGCUUUAUAGGUUAACAGUAAAACCUUGAAAUCAGCCCUUGCCUUAACAGGAAGCCAGUGUAGGGAAGCUAGCACUGGAGUAAUAUGAUCAAAUUUCUUGGUUCUAGUCAGGAUUCUAGCAGCCGUAUUUAGCACUAACUGAAGUUUAUUUAGUGCUUUAUCCGGGUAGCCGGAAAGUAGAGUUACAGUUAGUGAGUGCAUACAUUUUUAUACUGGCCCCCCGUGGGGAUCGAAUCCACAACCCUGGCGUUGCAAACGCCAUGCUCUACCAACUGAGCUACACGGGGCCCCAGAGCUAUUUCUCUGACCACGUGACCUGACCAGGAAAAAACUCUGGCCCUACUUCUAGAUUAGGCUAUAUAAACUCAGGGCCCUAAAUGUAAUCGUUCAUUGAGCAGAUCAGGUUGAAUGAAGAUUUUGCUGUGCUAAAAAGGAAGAACCAACUUUGUCUGGGAGCUGUGGUUAAAAGCACAUGCUGGCAGCCUCAACAAUCUAUUAUCAAGUCAUUAACAUAACCCUGAGGGUAGUGUGAAUUAAAAGGCGUUAUGUAACGCUGCUAACCUUUUCAGGGUCAAUCUCUCGGUUGUCGGUACAAUACCAACAUUUGUAAAGAAGUUUGGCGAUCCUGAAUAAACCCUUUAUUAGAGUCCUGUAUUCCCAGAUUAAUGAGCCACUUACACAAGUGAUUGGCUGACGCACAUAAUGUCCAGCUAGGGGUUUAUAAAACUGCUGUAAACGGGAAGUCUGCUAAUGGCUCUACAUGGAUAUUAUUUGUUAUUUUUUCCUUUGGGAUUAAUUUAGUAGUGUGAAAUUCCUUCAGGCUCUUUACUUCCCCUCCUAGACUGUGCUAGAUUAAUUAUCGCUAUCUUCAGGUCAUUUCACAUACACUAUAUAUAAAUUAGUGGAUUCGGCUAUUUCAGCCACGUGUUGCUGACAGGUGUAUAAAAUCGAGCACACAGCCAUGCAGUCUCCAUAGACAUUGACAAACAUUGGCAGUAGAAUGGCCUUACUGAAGGUGGCACCGUCAUAGGAUGCCACCUUUCCAACAAGUCAGUUUGUCAAAUUUCUGCCCUGCUGGAGCUGCCCCGGUCAACUGUAAGUGCUGUUAUUGUGAAGUGGAAACGUCUAGGUGCAAAGUGGUAGACCACACAAGCUCAUAGAAAGGGACCACCGAGUGCUGAAGUGCGUAGCGCGUAAAAAUCGUCUGUCCUCGGUUGUAACACUCACUACAGAGUUCCAAACUGCCUCUGGAAGACACGUCAGCACAAUAACUGUUCGUCAUGAGCUUCAUGAAAUGGGUUUCCAUGGCUGAGCAGCUGCACACAAGCCUAAAAUCACCAUGCGCAAUGCCAAGCAUCGGCUGGAGUGGCGUAAAGCUUGCCGCCAUUGGACUCUGGAGCAGUGGCAACGCGUUCUCUGGAGUGAUGAAUCACAAUUCACCAUCUGGCAGUCCGACGGACUAAUCUGGGUUUGGCGGAUGCCAGGACAACACUACCUUCCCGACUGCAUAGUGUCAACUGUAAAGUUUGGUGGAGGAGGAAUAAUGGUCUGGGGCUGUUUUUUCAUGGUUCGGGCUAGGCCCCUUAGUUCCAGUGAAGGGAUAUCUUAACACUACAGAAUACAAUGACAUUCUAGUUUAUUCCGUGCUUCCAACUUUGUGGCAACCAUUUGGGGAAGGCCCUUUCCUGUUUCAGCAUGACAAUGCACCUGUGCACAAAGCGAGGUCCAUACAGAAAUGGUUUGUCGAUUGGUGUGGAAGAACUUGACUGGCCUGCACAGAACCCUGACCUCAACCCCAUCGAACACCUUUUGGAUGAAUUGGAACGCCGACUACGAGCCAGGCCUAAUCGCCCAACAUCAGUGCCCGACCUCACUAAUGCUCUUGUGGCUGAAUGGAAGCAAGUCCCCGUAGCAAUGUUCCGAAAUCUAUUGGGAAGCCUUCCCAGAAAAGUGGAGGCUGUUAUAGCAGCAAAGGGAGGACCAACUCCAUAUUAAUGCUCAUGAUUUUGGAACGAGAUGUUCGACAAGCAGGUGUCCACAUACUUUUGGUCAUGUGUGUAUGUAUGUCAAAUGUGUAUGUCAGGAAACUUGGGUAAGGGAUAUCUUUAUACUCUGACAAUAAUAAAAAUUUAAAAAAAAUUCCAGCCACCCAAAUCAUAGACUGUUCUCUCUGCUACCGCACGGCAAGCGGUAACGGAGCGCAAAGUCUAGGUCCAAAAGGCUCCUUAACAGCUUGUACCCCCAAACCAUAUGACUGCUGAACAAUUAAUCAAAUGGCCACCCAGACUAUUUGCAUUGACCCCCCCCUGUUUUUACACUGCUGCUACUCACUGUUUAUUAUCUGUGCAUAGUCACUUUACCCCUACCUACAUGUACAAAUUACCUCGACUAACCUGUACCCCCGCACAUUGACCCCUGUAUAUAGCCUCAUUUUUUUUUUUUUUUUGUAUUUUUACUUUAUUUAGUAAUGAACUCUAUUUUCUUAACUGCAUUCUUGGUUAAGGCCUUGUAAGUAAGCAUUUCACGGUAAGGUCUACACCUGUUGUAUUCGGCGCAUGUGACAAAUAACGUUUGAUUUGAUAAAGCUGCCUCACACUCAAUGUCACAGUGUAGACUGCAAGAGUCCCUGCCUUCCUUGGUCUGUUCAUCUCAAGGUCUGAGAUACAGAAUGAUCUGAGGACAGAGAAAAACGGGUCACAGUGGGGGCAGAGGAGCAGUGAUUGCUUAUUGUUGCUUUGAGACAACGAUGCACUCAAUCUCAUCCAGGGUCAGGUUUUCAGGAUUGCUCUGUGUCGCACUAGUUCCAGUCCAGAAUAAACCGAAAGCACUGCAGAGAUUGAGUAUCCCCCAUGUUAUUCUCCAGCAGGUUAUAAUCUUUAGAUGAAUAAUUUCAUUUCCUCCUGGUGUCUGCACUGCACAUCUGUGCUCUCUUUUUACGGCCUAGAAUUUGAACACUCCAUUCCAGUCACGUUUCCUGCUGGAGAGAGAAAGUCUGCUCUUUCGUGUGUGGCAAUUUGACUGACUGACUGCCCUCCCCUGACUGGACUGGUUGAUGUCCACAGAGGGAGGAGACCGAGAGAAAAUGGAACUAAAACUUGUUAUGUAAAGUGUGCUCUUGGAUUCAAAAACACCGGAUUCAAAAAUUUGAAUCUUUCAAUUUAAAUUAUUAUAUAAAAUUCUUGCUACCAAUAUAAUGUUAUUUAUAUGGGGGAUACAAUCUUCCCAGCUCUGCAGAUUUUGCUGUGAAGAGACAGAAUCAUUAGAUCAUUUGUUUUGGUUCUGUCCAUUUGUAGCUUGUUUUUGGACACGGGUCCAGGAAUGGCUAAAGGAUUGCAAUAUUUACCUGGAACUAACCUUGCAGAUAGCAUUACUGGGUGAUCUGAAAAGUCAUAGUCAAUCAAUCAAUAAUAUAAUACUUUUAGCAAAAAUGUUUAUUUUUAAUUCACAAUCUGUAGAAGUAAUGAGAAUAGAAAGGUUCAGAACUUUUGUAAAACAUCACAGUACGGUUGAAAUAUAUAUGGCAAAUAGAAAUCCUAUAUGGAUGUUAAGAGAUAGAUGGGAGGUAUUGAAUAGAGUUGAAGGAUGGGACUAAUAACAAAUAACAACAAAUAAUAACAAAGAUAGCUAAUAAUGUAAGCAUACUGUGUCCAUAAUAAGUAUAUAGGUUGUAUGUUGGGAGCUUUUGGGAAAGAGCACAGUUAGAAAGAUAUGGCAUAUAGAAGAAAACCGGAUGGACAUCAUGAAAAUGAUCAGAGAGGUUGAGAGUAGAAGAAUAUAUAAUAGUUAUUGUAAAAUUAACUGUGUCCAUAAGGUGUAGAUAGAUUGUAUCUUCUAUCAAUGUAAUUGUCUGCAUCACUUCCAAUCCCCCAUGUGUUUUUAUUUUUAUAUAUAUACUCCCCUUUAUUACUUUUCAACCCCACCAUCCUUUCCCUACUUGGAGUAAAUUAGUGAACAACAAUGCCCAGGCCUCUACUUCCGGUCUAUACUUACUAUGUGCAAUAUUAAGCUGAUCCACAAAAAAAAAAGUGUGCUCUUGUACGCACUGUAAUAUCCUUGUUUAAUUGCACUGUAGGAUCUAUUUUUAACCCUUGAGUCAAUUUCUGCGGCCCCGUGGAAAUAAAGUUAGCAUAAUACAAAAAUCCCUGUAGAAAUGUGUCUUUAAGCUAGAGAUUUUUUUUUUUGCAAAGGCGCCCACAAGCCACACGACUUGUCUGAAGGUAGCCCGGUACCAGCAAAAAAAAGAAUAAUAUGGAAGCAUAUAUGGAAGUAGAAAUAUAAAUGUGUCCAAAAAUAAAGGUUUCCUGAUCUUUCUUAUAUUUAUAACUAACCCAAGAUGGUUCAUCUGUGUUUAGUGGGAGCAAAUUAAGCAUAGUGGGCUGAACAAGCAAGGAGGUGGGCCAAGCACGAGCUAGCGAGAUCCUAUUGGCGCGUUGUAGCAUGUAUGUGCAUAUUUCCGUUAGGGAACGCCGCCUCUGAAGUGUGCACAAAUUCAAUAUGACCUUGCACUCCUAAACAACGUAAUAUUUUUUUACAACUUUGGCUAAGCGUCAAGUCUUAAAACGUAUAAAAAAAAGUUAUAAAACUUAGUGCACUGUAUUCGUAACAGAUUGUAGUUUUGGGAACAAAUGUAUUGAGAUCUGAUGUUUAAUGGAUGAGAAUAUUAGAAGAAUGUCGGCCAAGUUCCAUCCUCUCCCACUACCUGUGACUGGACUUCCUCUCACUACCAAACAGAUGCUUCAACUUUAUAGCCUGUGACAUGUCUGGGUUACCCUUUCUGUCUGUGGUAUAUCUCUCAGAUAUAGGACAGACACUUCAAAACAAACUUCCUUUAGAUUAUAAUUUUUUUGACCAUCUGUUUUUCCAUGCAUGAAUCUGUUAUUCAAUGUGUUUUUAUGGGCAAAUGGCAGUGAGGCCAAAUUCAAUAAUUGUAUGUAUUUUUUUCUAUACCUAACGGGGUCCUAAAAUUCUAAAUAAAAUGUCUAAAUGAUCCUUGGUAUGACCAUCUUAAAACAAUUCCAUAUGUUAGCUUAGUUGGGGAAACACUGGGCAGCAUACUCUUGUCGUACCAAGGGACUACAGUUUUGUAUAAUGAGUUACUUUGUCAGUCAAAUCACAUUGAUGUAGGCCUACUAUUCCUGCAACAACCUUGCAUUUACUUGCAUUUUCUAGAGGGAUUUGUCGGCACUUGUAUUGUAAGGAAUAGUAGAGUAACACGCAGACUUCUAAUGGCCUUGUUUUCACAAUAACAGCAGCUGUUAUCCUGUUGAAGGUGUUCUUCAGACUUAAGUUUUUAUAAUAUUUUUUUACUGCCUAGACGAGGGGUGUCAUUCAUUCCAUGGAAGGCCUAGUGUCUUUUUUCUCUUUUUAAAUGAAGACCUAGACAACCAGGUGAGGGGAGUUCUUUACUAAUUAGUGACCUUAAUUCAUCAAUCAAGUACAAGGGUUGAGCGAAAACACGCAGACACUCAGCCCUCCGUGGAAUGAGUUUGACACGUGGCCUAGACUGAACUGAGUCUGACAUGUUGCAUUUGGCACAGGCUGUUCUGUAAAAUUACCCUAAUAUCUCAGGCGGACCAGUAGUAUGAAUAUGAUACCACAGUGACCUCCAGUGGUAGUAAGUUGCAAAUGCAUGUAAUAAAUAAAUUCCUCCCUUUUUACUGUAGGGCUUUUUCCACAUUACCUACAUGACAUACACACACUUGCCUACAGGAUUCAGUAACUUCUUUCUUUGAGGUUUUCUAUACCUACCACUCUCUCUGUUUUCUUAUUGUCCCCCUCUCCUCUCACAGCAGCAGGAACAGUCAGACUCGUGGGUGGGGGGUGAUGAUGAGCCACUGACAGGGUUCAGCUGGAGAGGAGGCUGUGAGAGGGAGACCACAGGGAUCCAGGUCUGGAGUCAGGUGUUUGUGGUCAACAAGCCAGAUGGGAGCAAGGUGAACCUUACUGACACACACAACCAUUGAAAUUGAGAGGAACACAGUCCUUAUAUGUUUGAUCUUUUGUCAAUCCCUGCCACUCAUAUUGGCUGUACUUUCUUUAAGUGGAUUUCCAUCAUGUCUUGAUCAACUAAAGGUGACUUGCAGUAUCCUAACCCUCGACAGGUUGCUGUUCUGUUAGUGGACACACAGGGAGCCUUCGACAGCCAGUCCACCAUAAAGGACUGUGCAACAGUUUUUGCCCUGAGCACCAUGACCAGCUCUGUACAGGUGAGUCUAUGGGAUGGACCUGACUGUGACUGAGUUAUUAGUAUUUUACUGAUGAUGUACCCAGAAGACUGCAUACAUUGUGCCAGUUGAGUUCAUAGUUCAUUGCUGAUGGAACUGGUAUGUUAACUGGCUUACGUACAAAGGAUAUUUCAUGGUAUGUUUGUGUUUUCAGGUGUAUAACCUGUCUCAGAAUAUUCAGGAGGAUGAUCUUCAGCAUCUCCAGGUAUAUACAUAAUUCCACCCCAUCUUAAUGAAUACGUUACACAUUUGUUAGUGUUUGAAAACGAUGUUAGGGGUAUGAUGACUAACAUCCAUUGUCUUUACUCCAUAUGUUUAGCUCUUCACCGAAUACGGCCGGCUUGCUUUGGAGGAAAUCUAUCUAAAACCCUUUCAGGUAUGUUACUGUCCUGAAAAUGGAUAUGGUUUCUUCAAUAUAUUCAACAGUUUUGACAAGCACAUUUGUCCCCUCUGAGCACUGAUUUUCUCAGUAACCCUGUUUGUGUUCCAGUCACUCAUGUUCCUGAUCAGAGACUGGAGCUAUCCAUACGAACACAACUAUGGACUGGAGGGAGGGAACUGCUUUCUAGAGAAGAGACUGCAGGUAAGUCUGGAGGAGAGAAUGAGGCCCGUGAAGGAUCAUUUAAAAAUGGGCUGCUCCAUAUUUAAACAUAGUAUCUAGUCCAGUGUGGCUUUUUAGGAGAGGAAUUUCCACUACAGUUUUGAACGAAAUGAGUUUGAAUUCAAUAUCUUGGCCGAAUUGUAAUGAGUAAUUUUGUUAAGUUUAGCUUUGAAUGGAAGGAGACAUGCAGUAUCACUUUUAGUGGAGGAUCUAGCAGUGUAUAUGUUAUACCACUGUAUGCUAUGUGUUGGGUAGCAUGUAACAGCUGAGCCGUCUUAUUGGGUAGCAUGUAACAGCUGAGCCGUCUUAUUGGGUAGCAUGUAACAGCUGAGCCGUCUUAUUGGGUAGCAUGUAACAGCUGAGCCGCCUUAUUGGGUAGCAUGUAACAGCUGAGCCGCCUUAUUGGGUAGCAUGUAACAGCUGAGCCGUCUUAUUGGGUAGAAUGUAACAGCUGAGCCGUCUUAUUGGGUAGAAUGUAACAGCUGAGCCGUCUUAUUGGGUAGAAUGUAACAGCUGAGCCGUCUUAUUGGGUAGAAUGUAACAGCUGAGCCGUCUUAUUGGGUAGAAUGUAACAGCUGAGCCGCGUGUAUGGAAGUGUUGACUUGUUUUAAGUUGUUGGGUAGCAUGUUCCAAUUGGUCCAGUGGCCGCUUGUGGGAUAGCAUUGGACAGAAGACCAGUGUCUUUCUUGGAUAUUAUGUAACAGCUGUGUUGUUUUCUGCAGGUGAAACAGAACCAGCACGAGGAGCUGCAGACAGUGAGGAAACAUAUCCACUCCUGCUUCUCCAACAUCGGUUGCUUCCUACUGCCCCACCCUGGCCUCAAGGUGGCCACCAAUCCCAUGUUUGACGGAAGAUUAAAAGGUGAGGCCUCCCACUACAGAGAAUUAUCACUUCCACCCCCUCACCCCCCUCCAUAUGCCACUAACCCCACCCACCCAACAUUAUCUCAUCCUCAGUGACUCCCUGACCCUUUUCUGAAAGACUGAAGUGGAGAGGAAGCUUAGUUAACCCCUGGAGGAGACAUUAUUGGGCUUUACUAUGCUUCUGGCUGUGUUCUUUGUGUAGACAUUGAUGGUGACUUCAAAGAGGCGCUGGGCAAUCUGGUGCCCUUACUGCUGGCUCCUGAGAACCUGGUGGAGAAGGAGAUUGGAGGGGCGAAAGUCACCUGCAGAGAUCUAGUGGAGUAUUUUAAGGCGAGUAAGCGCUCUGCCUCUCCCAUGGCGACACGAAAACUGGAAAUGCCUGAAAGUGUUCUAAAAAUUUAUUCUCUUUACAACGGAAAUAAUCAAUACAAAAUGAAUUUCUCCACAUUUACUUCCCAGGCCUAUAUAAAGAUAUAUCAAGGGGAGGAGCUUCCUCAUCCCAAGUCCAUGUUACAGGUCUGUAUUGGUUUGCUUAACAUUGACGUUAAUAGUUUUGAGCAAGCCCGUGGAGUCUCUUAUUCCGCUCACACCCUCUUUGCGUUUGACUGUGCUCAUAUUUUCUUCCAUGUUACCUAGGCAACGGCUGAAGCCAACAACCUUACAGCAGUUGCUGGCGCGAAAGACACUUACAGCAAAAGCAUGGAAAUGGUAGGUUUGUUCACCCCUAGCUUGUUAUACGAACAAUGUAUAGUCAUAGACUGUUCUCUCUGCUACCGCAAGGUACCGGAGCGCCAAGUCUAGGUCCAAAAGGCUUCUUACAUUUACAUUUUAGUCAUUUAGCAGACACUCUUAUCCAGAGCAACUUACAGUUAGUGAGUGCAUACAUUUUCAUACUGGCCCCCCGUGGGAAUCGAACCCACAACCCUGGCGUUGCAAACGCCAUGCUCUACCAACUGAGCUACACGGGACUACAUAACAGCUUCUACCCCCAAGCCAUAAGACCCCUGAACAGCUAAUCAAAUGGCUACCCCUCUUUUACGCUGCUGCAACUCUCUGUUUAUGAUCUAUGCAUAGUCACUUUAACUGUACCUACAUGUACAUAUUACCUCGACUAACCUGUUCCCCCGCACCUUGACUCUGUACCGGUACCCCCUGUAUAUAGCCUCGCUACAGUUAUUUUACUGCUGCUCUUUAAUUAUUUUUUAUUUGAAUUUUGUAGAUAAGUAAAACAUUUAACACUUAUAUUUCUUAACUGCAUUGUUGGUUAAGGGCUUGUAAGUAAGCAUUUCACUGUAAGGUCUACAGCUGUCGUAUUCUGCACGUGACAAAUAAAAUGUGAUUUGAUCCACACAUUCCAUGCAGAUUGAUAUUGUACACUGAAUAGUGUCAUAAUACAAUCAAAAUCAUGUAACCCAUGACGUCAUCCAUAGAGGUAAUCUUUUUGCAAUUAGUCUUUGUUAAAGUUAGUGUAAUAUUGUGUUUGGUUUCUGAACUGUGGUGUUUCGCUGCUAGGUGUGUGGAGGGGACAAGCCCUACAUCGCCCCUCCAGACCUGGAACGUUGCCACGAGGAGUUCAAGGAGUGCUCAGUGCGUCAGUUCCGCUCCGUGAAGAAGAUGGGCGGAGAGGACUUCUGCAAGAAAUACCAGGAGCAGCUGGAGGGCGAGCUGGAUGAGGCCUACUCCAACUUCCACAAGCACAACGAGGGCAAGAACAUCUUCUACGCCGCACGCACGCCCGCAACGCUGUUCGUCGUCAUGUUCGCCACCUACAUCGUCUCAGGGCUGACCGGAUUCAUCGGAAUGAACACUAUUGCCAUGCUGGCCAACCUGGUCAUGGGUGUGGCCCUCAUGACGCUCUGCAUGUGGGCCUACGUCAAAUACUCAGGGGAGUUCAGAGAUGUGGGCACCAUCAUAGACCUGUUGGCAGAGACACUCUGGGAACAGGUGGGUGCCGACGUCUGUGUCGAUGAAGGUGUUUUCAUGUUAAGGAUAGAAGUAUUGAUAAGUCAAUUAGAGUACUGUAAGUAUGAUUAUUUAGGACAAGUGACUUUCUAGGUGAUUCAAAGCCCUGUGAAGCUGAGAAUUCCUCCUUGAUGUCUCCCGUCUGUGACGUUGAUUCCCUUCCCUCAGAUUCCAGACUUCUAGUGGCCCUCUAGUUCCCCAUCAGCCCUGAACUCGAUCUAGCUAACAAAAUGGCUACACGGACUGAGUUGACCCUUGUAUUUCUAUUUUUGCCCUGUCUCUAUUAACACACUAAGAACUCUACACACAUUGACACAUUUAUACUGACACUAUACACACAAUCAUAUACGCUGCUGCUACUGUUUAUCAUAUAUCCUGAUGCCUAGUCGCCUUACCCCUAUACAUACAGUGCAUUCGGAAAGUAUUCAGACCCCUUGACAUUUUCCACAUUUUGUUACGUUAGGGCCUUAUUCUAAAAUUUAUUAAAUUGUUGUUUUUCCCCUUAAUCUACACACAAUACCCCAUAAUGUCAAAGCAAAUACAGGUUUUUUUAAUAAACAACCCCGGAAAUAUCAUAUUUACAAAAGUAUUCAGACCCUUUACUCAGUACUUUGUUGAAGCACCUUUGGCAGCGAUUACAGCCUCGAGUUUCUCCUAUUCUUCUCUGCAGAUCCUCUCAAGCUUUGUCAAGUUUGAUGGGGAGUGUCGCUGCACAGCUAUUUUCAGGUGUCUCCAGAGAUGUUUGAUCGGGUUCAAGUCCGGGCUCUGGCUGGGACACUCAAGGACAUUCAGAGACUUGUCCCGAAGCUACUCCUGCGUUGUCUUGGCUGAGGGUUGUUGUCCUGUUGGAAGAUGAACCUUCGCCCCCAGUCUGAGGUCCUGAGCGCUCUGAAGCAGGUUUUCAUCAAGGAUCUCUCUGUACUUUGCUCCGUUCAUCUAUCCCUCGAUCCUGACUAGUAUCCCAGUCCCUGCCGCUGAAAAACAUCCCCAUGCUGCCACCACCAUGCUUCACCGUAGGGAUGGUGCCAGGUUUCCUCCAGACUUGAAGCUUUGCAUUCAGGCCAAAGAGUUCAAUCUUUGUUUCAUCAGACCAGAUAAUCUUUUUUUCUCAUGGUCAGAGACCUUUUGGCAAACUCCAAGCGGGCUGUCAUGUGCAAUUUACUGAGUGGCUCUCUGGCCACUCUACCAUAAAGGCCUGAUUGGUGGAGUGCUGCAGAGAUGGUUGUCCUUCUGGAAGGUUCUCCCAUCUCCACAGAGGAACUCUGGAGCUCUGUCAGUGACCAUCGGGUUCUUGGUCACCCCUCUGACCAAGGCCCUUCUCCCUCAAUUGCUCAGUUUGAUGGGCGGCCAGCUCAAAGUCUUGAUGGUUCCAAACUUCUUCCAUUUUAGAAUGGAGGCCACUGUGUUCUUGGACCUUCAAUGUUGCAGAUUGGACAUGAUUUGGAAAGGCACACAGCUGACAGUGCAUGUCAGAGCAAAAACCAAGCCAUGAGGUUGAAGGAAUUGUCCGUAAAGCUCAGACAGGAUUGUUUCAAGGCACAGAUCUGGAGAAGGGUACCAAAAAAUGUUUGCAGCAUUGAAGGUCCCCAAGAACAGUGGCCUCCAUCAUUCUUAAGUGAAAUAAGUUUGGAACCACCAAGGCUCUUCCUAGAGCUGGCCGCCCAGCCAAACUGCGCAAUCGGGGGAGAAGGGCCUUGGUCAGGGAGGUGACCAAGAACCCAAUGGUCACUCUGACAGAGCUCUAGAGUUCCUCUGUGGAGAUGGGAGAACCUUCCAGAAGGACAACCAUCUCUGCAGCACUCCACCAAUCAGGCCUUUAUGGUAGUGGCCAGACGGAAGCCACUCCUCAGUAAAAGGCACAUGACAGCCCACUUGGAGUUUGCCAAAAGGCACCUAAAGGAGACUCCGACCAUGAGAAACCAAGAUUGAACUCUUUGGCCUGAAUGCCAAGCGUCACGUCUGGAGGAAACCAGGCACCGCUCAUCACCUGGCCAAUACCAUCCCUACGGUGAAGCAUGGUGGUGGCAGCAUCAUGCUGUGGGUGUGUUUUUCAGCGGCAGGUACUGGGAGACUAGUCAGGAUCGAGGGAUAGAUGUACAGUACAGAGAGUACCUUGAUGAAAAGCUGCUCCAGAGCGCUCAGGACCUCACACUGGGGUGAAGGUUCACCUUACAAUAGAACAACGUCCCUAAGCACACAGCCAAGACCACGCAGGAGUGACUUCGGGACAAGUCUCUGAAUGUCCUUGAGUGGCCCAGCCACAGAGAUCUAAUAUCUCUGGAGAGACCUAAAAAUAGCUGUGCAGCGUCGCUCCCCAUCCAAUCUGACAGCGCUUGAGAGGAUGUGCAGAGAAGAAUGGGAGAAACUCCCCAAAUACAGGUGUGCCUAGUUUGUAGCGUCAUACCCAAGAAGACUCGAGGCUGUAAUCGCUGCCAAAGGUGCUUCAACAAAGUACUGAGUAAAGGGUCUGAGUACCUAUGUAAAAUGUGAUUUCAUUUUCUUAUAUAUAUGUUUCUACAUUUGCAAAAAUGUCAAUCUGUUUUUGAUUUGUCAUUAUGGGGUAUUGUGUGUAGAUUGAGGGGGGGGGGGAAACUAUUUAAUCCAUUUUUGAAUAAGGCUGUAACAUUACAACGUGGAAGAAGUGAAGGGGUCUGAAUAUUUUCAGAAUGCACUGUAUAGCUUGUUUUUGUUCUACCCUAUGUAAUUUUGUGUACUAUUGAUUACUUAAUUGUUGGGUUUAGAGCUGGAAAGGAAGGCAUUUCAGUAUACUUCUGCAUGUGAAAUUAACCCCCUCCAUCAAAAUUUGAUUUGAUCCAAUUAACUGUCUUUCCUUUACCAUCCAAUCAGCCUUCAGCCUACCCUUUCCUUGUCCAAUCAGCUGGUGAUCUGUUUUCUUCUUUAAUCUGAUCUUGCUCUCCCUCUCCUCUCUGCCUCACAGAAGACUCCCAGAAAGGUGAGAGGUGGAGGUUUCCCUUCCUGCCUUUGUUCCUGGUGCAGUUCAGUGUACUGUGUUUGUCAUCUUUGGUUGUCUCUCUGCUGACAUAGCUCUUCUCUGCUAAUUCCUCACCUCCCCUGUCUCCAGGUGCUUUCCAAACUCUUCGAGUCAGCCAGGAGUCGAAUCACAUGGAGCUUUUUCCUACCAGCAGCAGCAAUACAGAGAAAGCGACUCUCCUCAAACAACAAUGACAAGACUGACUAACUAGCCUUUCUGGCUAGCUGCUUGGCUCUUUAUUUCCAAAUGCAUCUGCAUUCUGCUCUUGUCAUUCCUUGUGGCCUAUGGGGCUGGUCUUAAUUACAGGGAUGUUGUCUGCCUGGUUCACUCUACAUGUAGAGCGCAGGUUGGCACUCUACCUACUCUUGAUUGUAAACACAGCAGGCCCACUGAAAUGUCUUAAAUCAUCGUGACACGUUUCAGAUCUUUUUUGGAAUCCAUUUUUUCAGUUGCCAUGAUCUGAGUUUAGUUUUGACAUUUUAAUUAUUUUUGUUUUAAAACAUCAAUGUUUUCGGUCUGCAUGUUGGAAGCCUUUCUUUCGCUCCAUUUUUCCUUAUAUUGUCAUGUUGUUUUCUAUUGAUUUUGAUUUAGUCAUGUCCCCCUGUGCUCUCUCCUCUCCAGGUGUUGAAGCCUCUGAGUGAGCAAUAUAUGGAGGAUAACGUUAGACAGACUGUGGUCAACUCCAUCAGAGCCAGUCUGACAGAACAGGCCACACAGCACACCAAGUCACAAUGACACCCCCCCCUCCCCCCCUCCCCCCUCCCCCCUCCCCUCCCCUCCUGCUAUCCGCUCACCCAUUCAGUGUGCUAAGUCCUAGAGCUCUGCAAACCAAAGUAUACCCACCCACCCUCCUUGUCUGCUGUACUGUCCUGUGUUACUACUGGCUCCUCUAUUAUCGGAUCGCUCCUGUUGGAAGGUGGACAAUCAGCGAGUUAACAAGUGGAGUUGCCAGUCUUCUCCCGCCUUUACCAAAUUGGACCCAUUUAUCGAAUGUGCCAUCUUGUAGAGGCAACCCCUACCCCCACCCAGGAUUUUAAAUAAUGAAGGAUUGUCAGUUUUGCUGGCCUGGUUUUAGUGUCUAAUACUGCCAUUAAUUAAACGGAUUGUACAUGCUUGGGUUUGAAGGGAAAUUCAGGGAAAUGCAGCUCAUACGCUGUGCCUUUGGAUGCAAGCUGAACUGUCUGCCUGGUCAUACAUACAGUAGCCAAGCCAGUCUGUUACUCCCCCUCUUCUGAUUAUUGUUUGGUUUUUAACGGAGGUGGCUUUAGAAAGUAUUUGAGCCUCAUUGUUUUUAAGGUACUGAACUUGCUUUAGCAUCUACCUACCAGUAUUACCCACUGCAUGGUAUUAGAUCUACAUAGCAUAGCGCUAAAAUAGGCCCUAGAGCUCAAGCUACUGGUUAGCGGGGAAAUAUUCAGACCAUUUAAUUUGUCUUUCUUGAAAACCCAGAAGUACAGUGGGAGUGAUCAAAGGUAUUGCAAAUCUAGCAUGUUUUUCUCUUGUCAAUACAGCACUAAUGAUAUCAGUUAUGCCAACACUUUAGUACCAAUUCCAUCCACAACUGUCUCGCCUAGGAACGUGCCAGUCUGUACAGUCAUUUAUAUUUUUCAAAUAGGGCAUGAUGUAUAUGACAAAUAUUGAAAGAACUUUGUAUAAAUUUUUAUAGUGUUGUGGUUUUUUGAUUGGCCUAAAGUGUGGUUUAAGGAAUGUUUUGUGAUUGGUCUUACAUGUAAAAUUGCAUGUUUACAUACUAGUAUAGUAGAUAAAAAAUAAAACUCUAGGCUAGAGCACUUCGAUUCCACCUCGGACAAAGCUUUCUGGAAUUUGAGUGGGUCGAGAUUGUCUUUUUGCAUUUUAAAUCAUUUCCUGUAAUUUAUUUUUCAAUGAGUACAUUGACCUUAUUGAUUAAAACUGAUAAUUGACAGUUCA